AUGUCUGACGUCGCGGAGACCAAGCCCGACCCCACCACCACCGCUCCUGAGGAGCAGCAGCCCGAGACCACCGCCACUGGUGAGGGCGAGAAGACCGUCACUGAGGCUGCCGUCGACACUGCUAAGGAGGCUGCCGAUACCGCCAAGGACGCUGCUGUCAAGACCUCUGACAGCGUUUUCUCCAUGUUCGGUGGUGGCCCCAAGAAGGAGAAGAAGGAGGAUGAGGCUGAAGAGGGCGCCGAGGAGCCCUCCGGCUCUUCCAAGGCCCAGAAGACCGAGGAGAACGAUGAGGAAGCCCCCGAGUCCCCUGAUGUUCACUUCGAGCCCGUCAUUCGUCUGACUGAGAAGGUCGAGACCAAGACCAACGAGGAGCUAGAGGAGCAGGUCUUCAAGAUGCGCGCCAAGCUCUUCAAGUUCGACCGCGAAAGCAAGGAGUGGAAGGAGCGUGGUACUGGUGAUGUCCGUCUGCUGAAGCACAAGGAGAACCAGAAGACUCGCCUGGUUAUGCGUCGUGACAAGACCUUGAAGGUCUGCGCCAACCACUACAUUGUUCCCGAUAUGAAGUUGAGCCCCAACGUCGGCAGUGACCGUAGCUGGGUGUGGAACGCCGCUGCCGAUGUCAGCGAGGGUGAGCCCGAGGCACAGACCCUGGCCAUCCGUUUCGCCAACAGCGAGAAUGCCAACCUCUUCAAGGAUGCCUUCGAGAAGGCCCAACAGGAGAACGAGAAGAUCUUCAGCAGCGAGCAGUAA